GCAGGAUAAAGGACUGGGCACAGCGGCUCACCUACCCCGCUGUCUGCACCCUUCUCUCCACAGCCCUCUCUGUGCUUAUAGCCCCCAUGGCCCCCAAAAAGCCAGAUCCCAAGAAGGAUGAGGCCAAGGCAGCCCCCAAGGCAGCUCCAGCUCCCGCACCCCCACCUCAGCCGGAGCGCCCAAAGGAGGUUGAGUUUGAUGCCUCCAAGAUCAAGAUCGAGUUCACACCAGAGCAGAUUGAAGAGUUCAAGGAAGCCUUCAUGCUGUUCGACCGCACACCCAAGUGUGAGAUGAAGAUCACGUACGGGCAGUGUGGGGAUGUCCUGCGGGCGCUGGGCCAGAACCCCACACAGGCGGAGGUGCUCCGCGUCCUGGGGAAGCCCAGACAGGAAGAGCUCAAUACCAAGAUGAUGGACUUUGAAACGUUCCUGCCCAUGCUCCAGCACAUUUCCAAGAACAAGGACACAGGCACCUAUGAGGACUUCGUGGAGGGGCUGCGGGUCUUUGACAAGGAGGGCAACGGCACGGUCAUGGGCGCCGAGCUCCGCCAUGUGCUGGCCACACUGGGUGAGCGGCUGACGGAAGACGAGGUGGAGAAACUGAUGGCGGGGCAAGAGGACUCCAACGGCUGCAUCAACUACGAAGCAUUCGUGAAGCACAUCAUGGCCAGCUGAACCCUCACCCAGGGAGCCCAGGGCAGGCCGUGCUGGGGACAUCUCUUCUCCUGGGUGUGAUGCUGACACCAGUGGCCUGGAGUCGUGGGAAGCAGGGGAGCGUUUCAAGACUCCUGUGCAAGCCCUCAGACCUCUCUGCAUGGUUGUCACCUCUGGCCCCAUCGGGCUGUGCUUACCUGUGACUGCAUGUCUGUUCCCACCCCAUGGGUCCCAUGAAUAAAUGGCUUCCUGCCUGC